GUAGAUAAAGAUGAAAAUAGCAGAAGAUAAAACAAGAAGGAACUUUGUGCCAUUGUGUUCUUAAGGUGAUUAAAUGCUCCAGGCCUGGAAGUUCAAAACCCUUCUUGUUAAUACUGCUGCUGAUUAUGAAAAGAAGAGGAAGGUUUGAAAGUUUCCUUUUUUUUGUUCAGCUUAGUACACGUUGAACUGGCAAACACAUCAGACUAGCUUCUCUUCUACAGUAAGACCAAUAACUUUGUUUGUACUUUAAUUUCACUGUUAACAAUGUAGUUCAUAUAUUGAUGACUACAAAUCCUAUCAAGAUAAGUAUUUUGGUUUUCUCGGUUUAAAUACCAUUAAAUACCAAUGUUGUGGUUUUUUCAUACUGAUGUAUUUUUCCUUUUAUGUACUUUUGAAAUUUGAUCUUUUUUUUUUAGCUGCAGGUGAGUUUAAAUAUCUCACCAGAACAACAAAGUGAGAGAGUAGAGGACCAGAGAACUAUGAAUUUGCCAUUUCUAGCUAUCCUUCUGUCAUUACCAGCGCUCCAGAGUAAUUAUGACUAUGCAGUUACUUACACAUCUGCUGAUGUCUGCGCAUUAAGAGAAUCAACGGUUGACAUCCACUGCACCUAUAAAUUCCCUUAUAACGACCAUUACAACGUCACAACACUGUGGUUUACUAAAGGAGCGAUCGAUAAGCCAGUUAAUCUGAUAAAUGAUACUGACCACGCAUGUCGUUUUGAAAACAGCUGCGGAACGAUAAGAUGUAACUCGUCCAGCUGUAAUGGAACAUGUACCUUGAGAAUCAAAGACUUGAGACAGAGUGACUCUGCUGAGUACAAGUUCAGGUUCAUAACAAACAUAGAAGUUGGGAAAUUUAGUGGCGUCCCUGGAGUGAUGUUAUCUGUGACAGACCAGGUGAAGGUGUCCUUUCCUUCCUCUACUGAUCCUACCAGGGCAAACAUGACAUGUCGCAGUAUGUGUAGUCUAGCUGGUGGUUUUACCUACAUCUGGUCCAGGAAUGGACAGUAUGUAGAACAGGGGAUCUACUACAAAGGCAACAUUAGUUCUGAAGACAACUAUGCAUGUGCUGUUGAAGGAUACAAACAUCUCCACUCUCCUUUAGUGUACGCUCCAAAGACCCCCUCAGUGACCGUGAGUCCCUCCGGGGAAAUAGAGGAGGGCAGCUCAGUGACUCUGAGCUGCACCAGUGAUGCCAACCCAGCAGCUGACUACACCUGGUUCAAGGAACAUGGAGACUCAGUGGGACAAUCAGGACAGAACUACACCAUCACUAAUAUCACAUCUGAGCUUGGAGGAAACUAUUACUGCCAACCCUGUAAUGCAAUUGGACGUCAUAAUUCCACCUUUUUGUUAAUUGAUGUGAUAGGUAAUUGCCUACUUAGAACAAACACAAACAUACACAGAGACACACACACAGACACUAACAGAGAAUGAAUAAGCCAAGUCUCACU